AUGGCCAUCGCUGGAGAACAUCUACCCGUAGCCAGAUCAGAGUAUAGUAAAUCAGGAGGGAUAAUUGACUCAGGAUCGACCAUCACAUCACUGCCAUCAUCUGUGUAUGCGGCCCUGAGAUCAGCUUUCCGCAAGAAAAUGUCAAAUUAUAAGAUGUUAAAACCAGGGAGCAAUGCUGACUUUGAUACUUGUUAUGAUUUUAGCAAGUAUGAUGAAGUUGUAAUACCAAAGAUUUCUAUCUUCUUCAAAGGCCGGGUUGAAUUGGAGCUGGGUGUGAAGGGAAUUUUGUUUGUUUAUGGAAAGGAUUUAAGGCAAGCGUGUUUAGCAUUUCAAGCAGGCUCUGGAGAACCUUCUUUGGUCUUGGGAAAUUUUCAGCUAAGGGGAAUAGAGGUGCACCAUGAUUUGGUCGGUCAGAGGGUUGGGUUUGGUCCUGGUGGUUGCAGCUAA